AUGACCUCUGCUCAGGAUAUCCAGACUCGCGUUGUUGGCGCUCCCAACACCCUUGAGUACCGCGUUUACCUCGAGUCGAAGAAGACUGGCCAGCCUCUGUCGCCUUUCCACGAUGUGCCGCUGUAUGCUGAUGAAGCCAACGGUAUUCUGAACUUUAUCGUUGAGAUUCCCCGCUGGACCAACGCCAAGGUGGAGAUUAGCAAGGAGGAUGCCUUCAACCCCUUCAAGCAGGACACCAAGAAGGGUAAGCUGCGCUUUGUGCGCAACUCGUUCCCGCACAAGGGCUACAUUUGGAACUAUGGUGCUUUCCCGCAGACCUGGGAGGACCCGUCGUUCUCGCACCCUGACACCAAGGCUAAUGGUGACAACGACCCUCUCGAUGUCGUUGAGAUUGGUGAGCAGGUUGGCUACACUGGUCAGAUCAAGCAGGUUAAGGUCCUCGGUGUGAUGGCCCUGCUGGACGAGGGUGAGACUGACUGGAAGGUGAUUGUGAUUGACGUCAACGACCCGAUCGCCUCGAAGCUCAACGAUAUUGAGGACGUUGAGAAGCACCUUCCGGGCUUGAUCCGUGCGACCAACGAGUGGUUCCGUAUUUACAAGAUCCCUGACGGCAAGCCGGAGAACGAGUUCGCCUUCUCGGGUGAGGCCAAGAACCGUAACUACGCUACAGAGGUUAUUCACGAGUGCCACGAGGCUUGGCGCCGUCUCAUCACUGGCCAGGCCCAGGCUGGUGAUAUCCGUCUCGAGAACUCGACCGUGCAGGGUAGCAAGAACCUCGUCGCUGCCACUGACGCUGCGGCCACCUCGAUUCCGGCUGCGAACCCGCAGCCCCCGGCGCCAAUUGACCCGAGCAUUGACAAGUGGUUCUACAUUAGCUCGGCGACGAACUAA